CUGGCCUAUUAAUCAAGUUCUUCAGAAAUGCAUUCUCAUUCCUGAUGCCAAUGAUAGUUAUCUGUGUAUUCCGCUCGUUCAUGCUGGGUCACAAUAAAUUCUCGGUUGUUGUUUGGCCGGAUGGUGGUACAUGCGUGGUGGCAACUAAAUGGCUAAAUGAAUCUAAAGAGACUGUCGUGUAUCCUCCUAAAACAAAAUGCUUUACGAGACUGGUAAUGUCUCUUGUGGAUGUGAAAGAAGACUGGGAAGAAUGUAACGUUGACUUUUUGCACAGUUACAAAACGUUUAACCUUGCAAGUAAAGCUGUUAAACUGGCCGCCGAAGAUAAACCCAUUGACUCCAACAUAGAGACUGAUUACGAGAAGCCGCGGAAGCGUCAACCUCCAGUCAAAUUUCAGAAUCAGAGUUCUGAUGAUGUUAGUCAGAGUUCUGAUGAUGACGAUCGGGAAUCGGAAAAUAUGCGUAAAAAAUGUAAACGGCCUGUUGCAAGAGAACCCCGUCGAGAAAUGCAACGUACAAAAAGCGAGGAACGUGAAAAGUGCCAGAAUGUCUCUCAAGUAAAUAGUGUACCAGCUCCUGCAGUAAAUAUCAGAGAGCAGCUCGCUGCAUUGAAAGCCCAAGUUUCUCAUCCAAUAAAAGCAUCGAAGGGCAACGGAAUUAAUUCGAAUACAAAAAGAAAAGUCUUGACCGCAAAGAAACUUAUCAAAGCAGUAAAUAAAAAAGUGUUUCUUGAAAAAUCACAAUCGGAAGAUAUUCUUCGUAAUUGUGGAAAGAGCCCUGCAGAUACAGAAAAUGCAAAUGCUACUGAUUUUUCCAAUGCAGAUCUUCAUGCCUCCAAAAACUUGUGUCAAUCCCCAUUGAAUGUUGACGAUAUGACUUCUGAUUCAGAGAUGCUGCCCGCAACACAAACGUCAACAGAGUCUAAAAUUUCCUCUUCACUGCAUGAGCUGGGAGGUGAAAGGGACCAAAGUGAAGUUUUCCAAAGCAAUAAUGAACUUAGUGAUAGCAAUGAUAUGCAGAACUUGACGGAACACAGGUCUGCACAGCAAGACCUUGCUAAUAGGGAUAACUCAGUAAAGAGAAAUACCGUAAAAUCGUUCUUGAGAGGCUCUGGCGACUUCUCCCGCAAGAAGGGAAAAAGAAAUGACAAAAGCACAGAUAUCAUGUGGAUGUGGGACGUUCUUGACAAUAUUGUCAAAAUUCAAGAAGAAGAACGCCUCAAGCUCGACAACUUGGAACUUAAGUUAGACCGUAUCAUAAAAAAACUUUUUCCAGAAGAAAUAAAAUUGAAGCGACCACACGGAAUCCCAGCAUUUCCUCUACGUACAGAAGAGGAGUGGGAAAAACUGGAAGAAAUUCUCGCAGAUGACGAUGCAUUUACAUACGUGGUAGAUGUCUUUGCGGCAAAAAUGAAAAACAAAGAUUCAGAAGUUGCUGCUCUGCAGUCUGUACUCCCGAAAGUGAUCACGAAUUCCUUAUCCAGAUCUAUUAGUUGGGGAGGUACUCAGAAAACCAAAAUAGCUUUCAACAAGAGUAAAACGUAUGAGGCUAUACAAGCUGCUAUUCUGCAGAAAUUUGGUAAAACAGUCGACUUAAAGAAGCCUGAAGAUUACGUGAAACGUUGGUUUAGCACCAGUGCUCAGCAUGUGGUAUAAAUGCAAACAAUUUUUAUUAUUUUUGAACGUUAUACUAUAUAAAAAUAAGAUUAGUGCCUUUUUUAGUUUGUCCUUUGUACAUUUGGUGCAGAAAAUGCUGACUUUUUUUUACUUUUACCUUAAUUAAUAGUCUAUGUGCAAUAAAGGCGUAUCGCUUUUGUUUGUA